CCUUUUCUGAAGGUCGGCGGGUUUCCUUCACUUCCCGUGAGCUGAAUUCACCUCUUACUGAUAAAGACUUCCAUCACUUCACAUUCAUUCCAGAUCUGAGAAUUUAUGGUUGUGAUUUGUGAAAGAGCAGAAUACUGGACUGCACCUUCUUCUUGAAAAGACAAUGCAGCAUGUUUAUGUAAGCUACACAAGCCUUGGUGAAAAUGAACAACAUGGCAUACGGCACGCCGGUGAAAAAAACACACAGGAGAAGAUAAUUAUCUCUAAUGAACGCCCCUGGAAACCGUGGCAGCCUGCCCGAUCACAGAUCACAGGGUGUGUGAGGCGUGUUCAGACUGCUAUGCUCUCUUUGGCCGGGUUGGAGUGGUACUGUUAUGCUGCCUUGGGAGUCCUCACUGCUUUUAUGAGCUUCUGUAUGGACCUGACAAUAGGCAAGCUCCUGCGAGCCCACCAGUGGCUAUAUGACUGUCUGGAGGGUAAUAUCCUGCUGCAAUUCCUGUGCUGGACACUGUACCCUACCUUCCUCUGUGCUCUCUCAACCAGCUUCUCUCACAGCAUCUGCCCCCAGUCUGCAGGCUCAGGCCUACCUGAGAUUAGGACCAUCCUCUCAGGUGUGCAGUUGGCAGACUAUCUCUCGCUCUCAAAUCUCUUUGCUAAACUCAUUGGUCUUAUCAGCACACUGUCUGCAGGUAGCACUGUGUUCCUUGGAAAAGUGGGUCCAUUUGUCCAUCUGUCAAAUAUGGUGGGAGCAUACCUGUACCGUCUGUAUGCCUCUGCUUGUGGUGAAAAGCAGCGGAGAACUCAAGGAGAGAUGUUGGUUGUGGCGUCAGCGGCGGGCAUAGCCAGCUGUUUUGGGGCUCCAAUCAGUGGAGUGCUUUUCAGUAUUGAAGUCAUGGGCAGUCACUAUUCCGUGCGAGAUUACUGUCCAUGUUUCUUUGCUGCGGUCUGUGGAUCUCUCACUUACCGUCUUCUCUCUGUGUGCAGCAGAGAACAAGAAACAGUGCAAGCUGUGUUUAAGACAACGUUCCCAAGCGAGAUCCCAUACCAGCCACCUGAAAUAUUGAUUUUUGCUUUCCUAGGACUGCUGUGUGGAGCUAUAAGCUGUGUUUACCUCUACAGCCAUCGGUGGAUUCUCCGUUUUGUCAGAACAAACAAAUUCAUCAGCAGGUUCAUGGCAACAGAAAAGACAUUAUAUUCAGCAACCGUAGCAUUCCUUCUGGCAUCAGUGACCUUCCCUCACACAGGAGGAUCUUUUAUAGCUUCCCAGCUCUCGAUGAAGCAGCUACUCUUCUCCUUACUAGAUAGCACUCAGUGGAACUUAAUUUCCCACAAUACCACAUUAGUGCAGGAAUCCCCUCAUUCCUUUUGGCAAGAGUGGAGUCCACCUGGAUACAGUGUUUAUCACACACUUGGAUGCUUCAUUCUCAUUAAGCUUUGGCUGUUGGUCUUGGCCUGCACCUUACCAUUGCCUGCUGGCUACUUCAUGCCUGUCUUCAUUUACGGUGCUGCUUUAGGCCGUUUGCUGGGUGAAGGAUUGGCCUAUCUCUUCCCAGAUGGAAUCUCAUCAGGGGAGAGGCUGAGUGUGAUAAACCCAGGGGGCUAUGCUUUAGUGGGAGCAGCAGCGUUUGCAGGGGCUGUGACACACACGUUGUCACCUGCUCUUUGUGCUCUGGAGCUAACUGGGCAGUCCACUCAUGUUGUCCCUAUUCUGACAGCCACACUGAUAUCCAAUGCUCUGGCACGCUCUAGGCAUCAGCCGUCCUUCUAUGAUGGUAUAUCACUCAUUAAGAAACUGCCACACCUGCCCUCUCUUAUCAGGGCCUGUCCAGAACUGUCCUCGGUCCAGAUUAGGCAGUUUGUGGUGCCAGUAGGGGCUGUACUCCAGCGAGCCGAGGGAGUGACGGGAGUACAGCAUAUCCUGAACUCCAGCAAAGAAAAUGAGUUCCCCGUAGUUGACACACAUGACUCUCUCACACUUCUAGGAACCAUCACGAGAGCACAGCUGCAGACUUUCCUGCUCUCAAACCAAAGUGAGGAUUUGUGCAAAAGCCUGGAGGAUGAGUGCUCUAUUCAACCUGUAAAGCUGCAGCUUUCUACUGAUGCUACUGUAAAGCAGGUCCACUGCAUCAUGAGUAUUUUGAGAGAGCAGUGUGUGUUUGUCACAGAGAAGGGAAAGCUGUGUGGUGUCAUUACAUGGAAAGAGAUGAAGAACAUGAUUGAAAAACUGGCCAAGGAAAUCUGAUGAACCAGUUGGAUAAACGAGCACUAUUGGUCAUCAUACACUCACACUUCAUAACUCAAUGGAUAAUUUUUUGCUAAUCACAACCUCAAAAUAUUUCAUCAAGCGGUGAUUUGCUGUGACGAUCAUGUUCAUGUACAGCUCUAAUUACUCAUAUGCAAAUAAUCUUAUCUGUGGAGAUUGCUGUUGGCCAGCAGGCUGCUUCCUGGAACUGAGACAGUAGGAGCUCUUUAUUCGGUGCCAUGACUAAGGAGUCUCACUCCUGUGUUCUGUUUAUAGGCCUGAGGGCAGGCCAAGUGAUAAACAUUUAUUAAAAUCAGCCAUGUGUACCCAGUUCAAAUGGAGGAGAUGAGGGAGGUGUAAUUAAAUGAAGCAGCCGCUGAGCACCAUUCGACCUAUCGCUCUUAUAGGACGAGCACUCCUGGCUAACCUAACAAACCAAAUGAUAACACUGAUUCUGUUUAUGGCUGAAUGAGUGUGCCCUUCAACUCAUGCUAAAAUGAAGACAGAAUGUAGGAAACACAUUUACAAAGAACACAACCCAGAUAGAUCAUAGCUCAAUCUACACCAAAAGAAAAUAAAGUAUAUCAGCUUCUGAUACAUUUAAA